GGCGGGCGCCGGACCCCCAGGCGGAGCGACAGGUCUCGGGCCCUCAGGCGGAGCGGCGGGCGCCGGACCCCCAGGCGGAGCGACAGGUCUCGGGCCCUCAGGCGGAGCGGCGGGCGCGGGACCCCCAGGAGGAGCGACAGGUCUCGGGCCCUCAGGCGGAGCGGCGGGCGCCGGACCCCCAGGCGGAGCGACAGGUCUCGGGCCCUCAGGCGGAGCGGCGGGCGCCGGACCCCCAGGCGGAGCGACAGGUCUCGGGCCCUCAGGCGGAGCGGCGGGCGCCGGACCCCCAGGAGGAGCGCGGGCGGCGGGCGCCGGAUCCCCAGGCGGAGCGGCGGGGCGCUGGACCCCCAAGCGGAGCAACAGGUCUCGGGCCCCCAGGCGGAGCGGCGGUCGGAGGCAGGAGCGGCGGGCACCGAGACACCAGGCGACGACAGUGGGCUCCGAGUCAACUGGUAUGACCGCAGGCACUGGUCACAGGUCAUUGGAUGGUCCCAUGGCUGGACAGCGGGCAUCGGGUCACCAGGCAUCAGGUCAUUUGGCUCG